AUAAUUGCAAAAGGAAGCUUUUUAAAUCUGAACUCAGAUGCUAGCAGACUGUUAUUUGAAUUCAAUACUGUACUGCACAUCACUGGGAACUGGUCAUCUUCCUUGAACCUGCAAAAGAAGUAGAAACUGAAAGAGCCGGCGUUUGUGUUGACGGAGGCAACGCUCGUGGGAAGAGGAACUGUCGGCAAAACACUACAGGUUUGUUAAUGAGUUGGUGGUCCUUUCUGACCUGGAGACAUAGUUGCCUGGAGGGAACCAUUCAGAAAUGUGGCUGAGUACAUUUGCACGUUUUACCUUACCUGCCCUGCAGAGGAGCUCUGCCAUGGCCUGCCAGGCUCUGAGGGCUUGUCGUAGACCAGGGCAGGCUGCAGGUCCACUACCCUCUUACCUGACUUCAAUGCAGCUUCGUGAGCAGCAGACACUGGGGUCAGCCUCCCUCCCUCUGGCUUGCCACUCAGUGAGGCAUGUCCGUACUCUGGAUGAGGAGAGGCUGAUGGAGGUGGAGUGGGAGGAUGGAGGCCACAGUCUGUACCCAUUCACCUGGCUGAGAGACAACUGCCAGUGUCCACUGUGUACCCUGGAGUCGGCCCAGGCCCGCAAACUGUUGAUGUCGGAUCUUGAUAUCCACACAGGAGUUGACGUUGUAGAGGUCACCAAUGACAACAAGGUGUCCGUUGUAUGGCCCGACCAGCACACUAGUGUGUUUGACGCAGAGUGGCUGAAGAAACGCUGCUUCUCUCCUGCUGCCAGACAAGCAAUGCAAGAAGAGCUUUUCAUCAACGAGCGUUAUUAUUGGGACUCCAAGCUGCGCAUUCCCACAGCUGACUACCAGGAAGUCCUCCAUGACGAUAAGGCCACGCUGUCCUGGCUCUUGGCCCUGCGUCGCGUUGGCAUCGUCUACCUGAAGGGGGCUCCGGUAGAGCAAGGCCAAGUGGCCAGACUGGCUGAGAGGAUUGGCUAUCUCAGGCUGACAUUCUACGGGCACACAUGGCAGGUCCAGGAUAAAUACAUGGCAAACAAUGUGGCCUACACUUCAGGAAAGCUCAGUCUCCAUACGGACUACCCUGCAUUACACUUUGCACCUGGAGUGCAGUUUCUGCACUGCAUCAACCAGGCUGUGGAAGGAGGGGAAAGUGUGGUGGUGGACGGCUUCCACAUGGCUGAGCAGCUGCAGAGAGAAGACCCAGAGGCCUUUCGGGCACUCACCUCUCUCAGUGUGGACUUCACUGACACAGGGACGGACUACUGCGACUUCAUGCUGCAGUCCAAGAAAUGCAUCAUUGAUGUUAAUGCCGAGGGAAGAGUUGUGAGAAUAAACUACAACAAUGCCACUAGAGACUCUGUGCUGGACCUCCCCUUACAUCAGGUUCAGCCCUUCUACAGAGCACUGAAGGCCUAUGUGGAUAUCAUGAACCGACCACAGAACGUGGUCACCUACAGAAUGGAGCCAGGCGACCUAGUGACCUUCGAUAACUGGCGUCUGCUGCACGGGCGGAGGAGCUACAUUAGCAGGCCAGACAGGCUGCGACACCUGGAGGGCGCCUACCUGGACUGGGACGAAGUCAUGUCUCGCCUGCGGAUACUCCGCAACUCAGUCCACGUUGACGUAUGAGCUCCUGAAACACAGCCAAAUUUAAAUGCGUAGCUUUUCAGCUUUUGCAGAGAACUUAAAUGAUGUUGGGUGGCUUGAAAUUACGAGUUGAGCUACAUGUUGCUCUUAAAAUGGUGAGAUGAUAGAAGGCAAAGUGCAAGGCUAUUUCAUUAUCUGACCACAGGUCAAGAGUUAAAUCUCUGACUCUGAAGUAGAAAAGCACUAAACCACAAAUGAAACAAUUUGUUGACAGCAACUUUUCAAACAUGUAACAUAGUGCAACGCUACAAUGCAAAGAUUAAGAAAAACACCUUGCUUUCAAAUGUAAAGGUGCUUUUGGAUUAGUCAUGGUGACUAUUAUUACAAGUUUUUAUGAGCUUAAAUGUAAGAGUUUUUAUACAUUGUCCUGGGUACUCCACAUUAUGAAUACGAUUUUGUGUAAUUGUAACUUUGUAAGUUUUCUGAGCUAAUUUAUCAUUCCUGGUUCUCAGGUUAAAUAUUUGGCUCAACUCACCUUGGCUUUUUCUGAAAUCACUCCCUCUUUACUAUAAAAUGCACAAAAUGUACCCCGCCAUUUUGUUUGAUGAUAACUCAUCAGACAUUACUAUUUAUUGCCCCUGACAGUAGAUAGACAGUAAACUUUAACAGUAAAAUUCAAGCACUUGCGAGGUACCUAAACCCAGAUUUUUUUUCCUUUAACAUCACAUCUGAAUUAUUAGUAGAGAUUCACUGAUUAAAAUUUUAUUGGCCAAUUCUGAUUGUUUUUUUAAGUCUGGUUAGGCUACUGAACAGAGCUUUUUUGUACAAAUAUAAUUCAACAACAACAACAAAACUUCAAUAGGUGCAUCUCUAAUUGUUACUUUAAAUGCAAUUGUGAAAAAUUACGUUUACAGAAUUCCCUUAUACCCACAGCAAUCACUGUAUUGUCACUUUAUUUCACCAGCCGUUUAUAUUAACUUUGACUAUAUGUUUUGAUCACUGUUAUUUAAUGCUUGCUAAUUUCCAGAGUAAGGAAUCCUUACCUAGCUAUGAAUCAAUGUGGCUUAUCUCAGAAGCCAAUUUUUAUAUUUAUAUAAUUAUAUAAGACAACAAACAGGCAUGUGAUUUGUGUGACAAAAAUGCAGGAGCAUAGCCAGCGUGCAGCGUAUGUGGUUGUGGUCCUCCCCCAAGAAAAUGUCAUGAUGUUUGAUUGAAAAUUUCAUUUUCACAUAAUUUUAGACAGCUAUCAUAAAGAUAUUUAUUCGAAAUAAAUAUGUGAAGUAGUUUUUCACAUUCAGACAUUAGGAAGGAAAUUAUAUAUGUGAAAAUAUGCUGACCUAUGAAGUAAAACGAAGCGCGAUGUCCUUAAGUAAUCCUUCACAUUUUUGUGAGUGAUCCCACUGUGACCUCUAAAUACUGAGUGAUGUUCAGAAAUAUUGAAGAAUUUGGACAUCAGUCAGUAUUAAUUAUUGCUCCAGUCCUCUGUCCUCCUCCCUCUGCUGCUGAGAUUCACUGCUUGCAGGCACUGCUGGCAGAGAUAGGAGGGCAAGUUUGUCUCAGCCAGCAGCUACGUGUACCAGAAUUUAAUACAUUUUAAGAUCCGUGGCAAGCUAAGCUAAACAGUUAAAGGCAGCUUUUGUUUUAGAUUGUUCCAAACAAUUCACUAUUAUCUUAACAAGCGAGCUGAGGUCGUAGAAACAACUGCUGACAAAGCAGGUGUCAAUAUUGUGUGUGCUGAGCCCUGCCCUCCGUUAAACAUGCAGAAGAGAGGACAGAGAAGCUAGCGCGACCAAUUCAUGUGGGCGACAUUUUCAGGUCAGAAAAAUCCUGUGAUUGUGUAUUUGAAACACCAGAUUAUGUUGAAAAUCAAGGAUUUUUCAUGGAGUCAACUUAACUUUGAGGACAUAACCGUUAAUAUUGAUUGCAUUGCAUUUUCAAAAGUUUCAAGACUUUGUAUGAUCCCUGCUUUUGCUGUAUAUAGGGAGUAGGGAACGAGGGAGCGCUCUCAGAAACAGCCUAGAUGUAAACUGUUUUAGAAUACUGUAUAAUCCUGUGCCUACGAAAAGGAUGUGAUGUCCUUGACUUUCCCUUCACUCUGUAGACUUGAAGUCUGAAUUCAGAAUUGCGGUGCAGUAGCUGUACUUGAAGUGGCAGUGUGAUAGAAAGUGUAAAAUGGAGGAUCCGACUCUUUAAAUUUACCAUUGCAAAGACUUACGCUUCUGCUUAACCCUUGUAAGCAUCUGGCCAAACAAAGUUUUGGUUUCUAUCUGCUGAGCUUUUGAGAUACAGUGUACCGUCGCUGUCACAUGUGAUUAUCUGACAUGUGUUGUCACAAAUCUGAAAACUGGCCUGUUUAUCUUAGCUAAUAAAAGGUUUUGGAGAUACAUGGAGGACAGCAACAGGACAUUUUUGAAACUCCUGCUAGUGCCUGGAUAUGACCACUGUGGACAGACUUUUGUAUGUGGUGCACAAAGGACUGAAAACAAACCACAGAUCUCACUAUGUAACUACUUUCUAGCAAAGAAAAACAACUGACAGUAACAAUGUUGUUUUUUGCAAUUUUGCAAUAUUUUGAGCACCAUACAUUCAACAAAGAUUCAUUUAUGUCACCCCCACUGCAUUGGGAGAUGAGCAGAAGUUUCAGGUAUCAAUAAUGUCCACAAUGUUUCCCCCCCUCCUUCCUCCAGUCUUAAUACUUUAGUGGUUGUGCUGCUGUUCAAUAUGGACUCAUACUAUUAAGCAAACUUGCAUUUUGCAAAAACAAGUUUCACUGAAAUGUCACACUUGCUAAAAUAAAUCUCCAAAGCUCUA